AUGCUGCUCAAGUUGGACAUUCAGCAACAUGCUGCUCAAGUAGGACAUUCAGCAACAUGCUGCUCAAGUAGGACAUUCAGCAACAUGCUGCUCAACGACCAGCCCUACACUAGCCCCACCACCACCCACACCGCCGUCCACACCAUCGACCACAUCACCAACCCCUCUUGCUCCACCCCAGCAACCAGCCCUACACUAGCCCCAGCACCACCCACACCACCAACAACACCACCGUCUCGACCACAUCACCAACCCCUCUUGCUCCACCCCAGCGACCAGCCCUACACUAGCCCCACCACCACCCACACCGCCGUCCACACCAUCGACCACAUCACCAACCCCUCUUGCUCCAUCCCAGCAACCAGCCCUACACUAGCCCCACCACCACCCAAACCGCCGUCCAUACUAAAACCCACACCACCGUCCACACCAUCGACCACAUCACCAACCCCUCUUGCUCCACCCAAGCGACCAGCCCUACACUAG